AUGGCCUCUCUUUCUUUUGCCACCACAAGGUUCACACGUUUAUUGGGAAACAGUUUUCGUGUAGUAUCUCUUAAACCUUUGUCGCGCAAUGUGUCUACAGCACAAAUUACAGAACAAGCUACGACGGCUGCGAAGAAAGCUCAAAACUCGGUAGAGAAAAUAAGUGCUCUUCGAAAGUUAAUAGUCGAAGAUGCCCUGGUGGCCAAAGAAAUCCUCAAGGAAAUAUGGGUAAAAGAGGGAUUAGCGCCUCCCAAUAAAGCACAAUUCGAAGAAGCACAAGGCUUCUUUACGAAACAUUACGAUGAACUUCGUACACUUAAAUCGAAGAAACUUCAGUCGUAUAGUGGACGUGAUUAUGCAGUAUAUGCGAUUCGUUCGGUUGAGGUUGCUGGUUUCUUUUUUAUCGGGGAGGUAAUCGGUCGUAGAAGUUUGAUUGGGUAUAAUGUGUAA